GACUCAUUUCAUUCUCUAUUUCAUUCCAUCGAUAGCGCAUCCCAUUUUGUUGCUUGGGCUUGUGAUAGUAGCAUACUUUAGUGUUUCUCAAGCAGAAAAUGCCUUCUCACAGUAUUGGAAAGAACAUAUUGGUCUUCCACAGCCUCCACAUUGGUUAGUUACAAAGGCUUCUCCAUUAAACCUCCAUCAAGUCUCAUUGUUUAUGAAACUAAUAGAAAAAAAUGAAUUGAUUUCCCACAUGGAUUCAUUCUGUAAGCAAGCUAAUGUUUCUUGUUCUACAAAUGCGCUAGCGAAGAAGACGACGAAUGGCACAACCCUACCACUAAUAGUCCCUUGUAAUGCUGAUAAAGUGAAAUACCACUUUCAGUUGCCAGCCAAGGUGGAUUGCCAUAUUUUCAAAAAUCAAUGGUGAAAAAGGGAGGUUUCAUGCCAAUCCCUAAUCUAAGGGACCCGAUGUCAUAUAAAUCAUUCUUGCCAAGACCUCUAGCAUUAAAAUUUCCAUUUUCCUUAGCCAAAAUCAAGGAAUUGAAGAAGCUUUUUAUUGUGGAUGAUGAAUCAAUUAUGGAUGAGUAUAUUGAAGGUACCCUUAAGGUAUGUGAUGAUAUGAGCCCCAUUCGAGGGGAGAAGUGCACUUGUGCAACUUCAGCUGAGGAUCUCGUCGAUUUUGUUGUCAAGAAGUUAGGGAAACAUGUACGCCUCUGGAGUACUGAGAGUGUUGAAGGAUCUUGCGAGAAUGUCACAAUUGGAGCUGUGAAACUAAUCUAUGGAAACCUCUUUGAACCACCAAUCUUAUGUCAUAGUCAGCCAUUUCCAUUUCAAGUUUAUUAUUGCCAUGUGUUACCGAAAGUAAAAGUAUAUGCAGUUGAUAUACAUGCUUCGAAAAAAGUGAAUCAUGUGAUCAUGGCAUGCCAUUAUGAUACAUCAACUUGGAAUCCAAACCAUCUUGCUUUUAAGCUUCUAGGUUUUGGCCCAAGCCUAAUUGAAGUUUGUCACUGGAUAAACGAGAAUGGAAUAGUUUAGACAAAAACUCUAGGUUGAGCAGCAUUUGGAGAAUUGAUUAUCUACCAAUUCUCUUAUUGUGAUACAUGUACUUAUUGCUUAUGCUAUUUGAAGGGUAAAUAAAUACUUAAUUUGGUUGUUUCUUA